AUGCGACCGGCUUCCACAUCGGCAUUGCGCUUCGCCGUGCUGCUCUGCAUCUUCGCCUCAGUCGCUCUCGCCCUCGCACCGAACCCAGUCCACGUCUCUAGCAACAAGGCGCUCGUAGCCGAUGCCUCAGCGUUCGUCUCCAACGGAAUCGCAUCCCAACUACCCCCACAGGACCGCCGUCUGGUCACGUCAGACGAUCGCGACUCACCACCUCGCUUAGUGGAGAAGCUGUCUCCCAGCACCUUCGGCGUCUCCCCCAUCGAGGCUGCGUCGUUCAAUGUCAAGGCCGUUGCUCAUGUCGGCAUCAACAUCCUCCUCGACUUAGCCUCCUCUAAUAGUCUUGUCGGCUACCUAAUCGGCAAUGAGACGACCACCUUCACCAAGUCCGAAUCCACUGACGACGUCGUCAAGGAUGGCAGCGCCGCAUCAGGUCGACGACAGAUCACUGGCAUGAGCGUCGCCCUCGUCAUUGUCAUGAUCUUCUUCGCUGUCUGGAUGUAA